AUGUUCAAUAGUAAGAAAAAUAAUAAACCAACAAAACGAGCUAAAGCAGAAGGAGGAGGAUCAGCAUUAAUGCAACAGAUGGGCUUUCAAAUACCUAAUUUUGAUGAUCCAAAUUUAGGUGCUCCUGAUGAUGAUGACGAUGAUGAUACAUUAUUAGAUGAAUUAAGACAAAUGCAACAAGAUACUGGCGGUCCUACAUCAAAACGAGCUAAAGCUAAUCAAAAAAAGCCAAGUGGUUCAACUAAAGAUCUUCAAUCAUUUCAUAAUGAUGUGAAUAAACUUCUAAGUGAUAUUGAUCGUCCUAUUGAUGAUGAAGAACUAUCCGAAGGUGAUGAAGAUGAACUUUUGGACGAAUUACAUGAAAUUGCUGGUGAUAUUGAAACUGAAAAUCAGAUGGAAGUCGAGGAAACAAAACCAGUAUUAUCAGCAUCAAAUGGUAAUAUAUUAUCAGUACUCGAAGCACGUCGAGGAAUGUAUAUGAAAGCUGUUGAAACAGCAAAAACUAAUGGAGAUGCUUCAAAAGCUAGACGACUUGAUCGACAACUUAAACUCAUUCAAGAAUUACUUCAAUCAGCUCGUACUGGUACACCAAUUAAUGAAAGUGAUAUACCACCUGAACUUUUUGUUACUGCACCUUCUUCAACAUCCCAACCAGCAGUUGUUGCACAAGAAGUACCUCUUCAAAUUUCUGCUUCUUCUUCGUCUUCUCCUUCACUACCACGACAAUCUGCAGUAUCAUUACCAAAAAAUGAUCAACCAGUUAUUUCUCGACCACCAGCACCAGCAUCAACUUCUAAUAAUUCAGAAGAAGAAAUUAUGCGACUUAAAUCAUUAGCUGUACAAGCUAAAACCGAAGGUGAUAUGGCUAAAGCUAAAGAAUAUCUAAUUCAGAUGAAAAAUUUACAAAAUGCAACAACAGCAAUUCCUGUAGCUUUACCUCCUACUUCCGCACAAACAGAAAUGUCUAGUAAUGUACCUGAUAAUGAAAAUGCUACAGCACCAUCUAUGCCAAUAACAGCACCUGAACCAAAAACAGUACUCGAAGCUUUACAACAACGACAUGAAGAAUUAACCAAACGACAUCAAGAUGCAGUUAGCAAAGGAGAUAAUUCCAAAGCCCGACGUAUGGAUCGACUUGCAAAGCAAUAUCAAGAAGCUAUUGAUGCAACACGAAAAGGUCGUCCAUAUGAUUAUAGUGAACUAGCAGAGUUACCUGGCUUUGCACCUAUACCUGUUCCCCAAUCAAAAGUUCAACAACCCCCACCUACGGCAAAUCCUACUGUAGCACCAGUAAAAACGUCACAAUCAACUACACAAGUACGAUCAACACAACCUCAACCACAGCGAAUAAGUCAACCACCCGGUCCUAUGUUACAACCAACUUCUACAACUUCUACAAAUACACAAAGAGAUCAACAAGUACAAGCAUAUCGUCUUAAACAAGAACAAUAUCAAAAACUUGCUGUACAAGCUAAACAAAAAGGUGACCUUGAAACUGCUAAAAAAUAUCUUCUUGCUAGUAAAGAUAUUGAGCGAACAAUUGCAUCUACUGAAUCAGAUGUACCCAUGGAAACAAAUGAAGUACCUGAAGUACCCAGUAGUGGUUACGAAAUGAUUCAGGAUGAUGAAUUGACUGAAGAUUUAGCACAAGCUGAUCGUGAUACAAUAUAUCGUCAUUUACAAGAAGAUCUUUUACGACAAAUGCAAUUAUGUGCACGUAAUCAACAAAUGUAUGCUCAAAUGGAAGGACCAAAUAAUGCAAAACAAGCAAAUGAUUUUAAAAUUCUUGAACAACGUUGUGCACAUGAUUUAGAACGAUUACGACAAUGUUUUCAACAUGGAUUAAAAGCACCUUUAUUUCAUUAUGAAAAACGACAUAUGAAUAUUAUUCUAGUUAAUAAUGAUUUAACUGAUAAUGAUCUUGAGGUAAAUGUUCUUCGUGGUAUAAAUUUACAUGUUCCAUCAGGUUAUUCUGCAACAGCUCUUGAAACUUAUGUUAUUAUUGAAUUUCCUUAUCCACCUGAAACUCCUCAAACAGCUCGAACACGUCAUGCAACGGGUACAGCAAAUGCUGAAUAUGCUGAUUCGUUACAUAAAUUUCAAAUAAAACGAAAUGAUAAUAAAUUUAAACGUUUAAUGACUCGAAAAGAAUUAAAAUUAACAAUAUUCUAUAGAGCUGGUUUUCUUCGAUCGGAUCGUCAAUUAGGUACAGCAUCAAUAAAAUUAGCUGCUUUAGAUCAAACAUCAACUAUACAUGAAUCAGCUGAUGUUUUUGAAAAUGAUCAUAAGAAAAAAGCGGAAGGAAAAUUAGAAGUUAAAAUACGUAUUAAAGAACCAUUUGGUCAAGUAAAAUCAUCAGAAUUAUCAACACAACGAUGGCUUGUUAUCGAUCGUUUUGAAGAUAUUUCACAUACUUCCAAACCAUCAACAUCUAAAUUUCCAUCAACAGCAUCACCGAUUACUGCUAUUUCACGUCUUGUUCCUACAGGCGAAGCUUUAGGCUUAUUGGCUAUAAAUUUGGCAGGAAAUAAUAAUAAUAAUAAUAAAAAUGAUGAUAUAUUAGAUAGCAGAAGAUCUAGUGGUGUAGAAUUAAAAAAUGAUAAUCGUCGAGAAAGUCAAAUACAAACAGGUACUCAAAGUAUUCAAGUACUUAAAUAUGAAGCAGAUCUUCUUCACGAUCAGAUUGAACAACUUGAAGAUCAUCUUACACCAGAUCAAAUCGAUAAAUUACGCUUAAAACAGCAAGCACUUAUUGAUCAAAGUGAUCAAAUUGUUCAAAGUUUACGUGAUGGAGGAAAACCAGCUGUGCAAAAACAUGUUCAAUAUCUUGAAGGUUUAAUUGAACAAUACGAUAAAGAAUCACAGGAACAUCGUCAACGAAAUGAUAUAAAAAAAGCGGAUUUAUUCUUAAAUAAAAAAAAUCUUGUUACCAAAGAAAUUGAAACACUUACUGGUCAACCACCACCAUCAACUUCAGCAGAUACGGAAUUUUAA